AUGAGUGCUGUUCGGCUGAGAAGCCAAGGUCCUGUUCCUGAUGAAGGACGAAAUUACUGCUUUGUAUCUGACGUUGAUGAUGCUCAGGUCAUCUCCGCUGGUGAAUCCUCCAGAGUGAAAGAGGAGAGAAUCACCGCAAUUGAGGCCAGAUUCGAUGCCAUUGAACAAAGAGUUGAGGCCAGAUUCGAUGCCAUUGAACAAAGAUUUGAACAAAUAAACGACGAAAACAAACAAAGAUUUGAUGACAUCACCAAAUUGCUCAACACCUGGAUGAACAAAGUGAGUGGUUCUGAGGAGAAAUCAAACACCAUUCCUGAGACGUCUUCGCCAACCAACAAUCAUGACGGUCCAAAGGUUUCAUUCGAAGAACCUAAGGUUACUCCACCUCAAACUGUGGUUGAGAGGUUCAAAGUCGAACCAGCUGAAGCAGCCUUAUUGACCACAUUGAAGGAAAUCCAACCUGAGAUCUUUUUGGAAGAUCAAUUGGUUGCAAGCUGUACUAGGGACACUGGCACAAUGAAAUACAAUCCUAUGUUCUCCCGUCCAGAUUCUAUUACUUCAUCUCCAAAACGGAUGACAUUCGAGGAGAGAAUUGCAUGGUUGAAGGCUGCCAAAUGGUUCUGUACUAGAACUCAGUUGAGAACCGAUCAAUGGGUCAGUUUCCUAAUUGAUGAGUUUUUCAGUGAUAGUGUCACUAUUUAUGGCAUUAGAGAUAUCAUCUUUGCUCAUAUUUCAACUACAACAUACUACUACAUUGCCGACUCCUGGUUUGCCCUUAUCCUCUACUUUUUCCCUUCCAGGAUUGAGAUUGAAAAGCAUAAGUUCCUCAAAGACCAUGCCCUACGUACAAAAUGGAUUAAGAAAGGUGAAAACAUUGCUCAAUCAUUGCGCACUUGGCUUAUUGCCUGCCAGUGUCCUCGUGGUUAUGGUCCCUCAUUUAGAGAAGUCAAGCUCCAACUUGAAAUUAUUCUAUUCGAGGUUGCUCCCAACUAUAUUGUUGAUUUUUCAAAAAUCUCCAAUUGGACUGAAUUGAUUUCUGUUCUUGAUGAAGGUCAUUUUCCUCAGUUCAAAUGUGCCACUGAAGACAUUGUAAUCUUCAAGGAUCAUUGGAAAGAACACAGUUCCACGCAAUGGCUGAAUAUGCUGACGUUGACUGAGGAUAAUGAACAACUGAAUGUUGUGCGUCAUGGCAAGAACAAUUCUAAUGGUGACAUCAGAUCAUCGAAUCCUCGUGGUAGCGGUAAUGCUCGUUCUUACAACAAUAACAAAUCAAAUCAUGGUAACAGCUACUGUGGUUCCAAUGGUCAAGGUGGAAGUGGUUCAUACAACCGCAACUCUUCUACUUCACACCAUGACCAAGACUUCAAGAUUUAUGAUGGUUGCGAAUGUUAUCGUUGUCGUCAAUACAAGCAAAUGGCCACUAACUGCUUGUCUGAAUAUCUGGAAAGGGAAUAA